AUGUCCAAGACAUUUUCCAAGAGCGACGUCGCGUCGCAUAACAAAGGCGAUUCUCUAUGGAUCGUUGUCGAUGACGAUGUCUACGACCUAACUAAAUUUCAAGAUGAUCACCCUGGUGGGAAGAAGAUCCUAACCCGAGUUGCUGGAAAGGACGCGUCCAAGCAAUUUUGGAAAUAUCAUAAUGAGGGUAUUCUCAAGAAGUACAAGCCAUCACUCCAAAUCGGCUCGUUAGAUACCAAGCCCAAGUCCGAACCAACACCAGAGCCUUCCAAGACCUACGCUGCUCCUCAGCCGACGAAGGAGACUAAGAAAGCCGUUGUUCCCUCUACUGCGCAACAAGAGACUGAGGCGCUGGAACCAUUCGGUGCUCUUAUUCCAUUUGCGGAUCCCAGUUGGUACCAGGGUUUCCACUCUCCUUAUUUCAACGAAUCCCACGUCGCUCUCCGAGCCGAAAUUCGCGAAUGGGUCGAACGCGAUAUCGAGCCGAAUGUUACAGAAUGGGACGAAAAGAAAGAGGUUCCACGCGAGAUCUUCCUCGAGGCAGGUCGUCGUGGUUAUCUUGCUGGCCUGCUAGGUGUACAUUACCCUAAAGAGUACACGAAAAAUACUGUGAAGUCGGUAGCACCGGAACAAUGGGAUCUGUUCCAUGAAUUGGUCGUCACUGAUGAACUAUCACGUGUCGGAUCUGGCGGCUUCGUCUGGAACAUUCUCGGUGGCUUCGGUAUUGGUUGCCCGCCACUCGUCAAGUUCGGCAAGAAGGCCCUGAAAGACCGCAUUCUACCUGGACUUCUUACGGGAGAGAAGCGGAUUUGCUUAGCAAUUACGGAACCCGACGCGGGAAGUGAUGUUGCUAACCUAACUUGCGAAGCCAAACUGAGCGAAGACGGAAAACAUUACAUUGUUAACGGUGAAAAGAAAUGGAUUACGAAUGGUAUCUGGUGUGAUUACUUCACUGUCGCCGUACGGACAGGUGGCGAGGGUAUGACCGGUGUCUCCUUACUCCUUAUCGAGCGUGACUUCGGUGGUGUAAGCACAAGACGGAUGGACUGCCAGGGUGUAUGGUCGUCUGGUACUACGUACAUCACUUUCGAAGAUGUUAAGGUGCCUGUUGAGAACCUCAUUGGCAAGGAGAACCAGGGUUUCAAGGUCAUUAUGACCAACUUCAACCACGAACGUAUGGGUAUCAUCAUCCAAUGCCUGCGCUUCUCCCGUGUCUGCUACGAGGAAUCCGUCAAAUACGCGAACAAGCGACGAACGUUUGGCAAGAAGUUGAUCGAGCACCCUGUGAUCCGCAUGAAGCUAGCGCAUAUGGCGAGGCAGAUCGAGGCCUCUUACAAUUGGCUAGAGAACCUUAUCUAUCAAUGCCAGAAGAUGGGCGAGACAGAGGCUAUGCUCAGACUCGGUGGACCUAUCGCUGGUCUCAAGGCCCAGAGCACGCUCACCUUUGAGUUCUGUGCGCGCGAGGCCAGCCAAAUUUUUGGUGGUCUGAGUUACUCGCGAGGUGGCCAAGGCGGCAAGGUCGAGCGAUUGUACCGCGACGUACGCGCGUACGCUAUUCCUGGUGGUAGCGAAGAGAUUAUGCUUGACCUCAGCAUGAGACAGAGCUUAAGAGUCGCUAAGAUGUCGGGUAUGAAACUGUAA